GUGCGCUCCCGUGUGCCGCAUGAGGUUCCGCAGCAGCACCUUCCCCACCGGCACCCGAGCCAUCCUCCGGCCCCCUCCGGCCCCAGCCGGGCCCCGGCCUCCGAACGCGGCCGGGCCGAGCGCCUCCCCCGGGCGGCGGCGGCGGCGGAACGGGGCCGGGCCCUGUCGCUACGGCAACGGGGCCCUGCCGGAGGAAAUGGCGGAGGGCGAGCCCCCGGCCUGCCUGAGCCUCCUACGGAGCCUCUGCGGAGCCCCGGCGGAGCCCCGGUUCUGCCUGAGGGCUCAGCCCCGCGGGGCCGCCCCGCUCUUCGUCAACGUGUGCGGCUGCGGCGCGGUGCCGGCCCCCGAAGGCCCCGGGGCGCCCGUGCCCGUCAGGGCCGGGCCGCUGGAAAGGGCGGCCGGAGACGGGGAUCUUUACAGCAUUAUAGAUAUUGCAUAUAACCCAGAUGUUCUUCAGAGGGGAGAAGAAAACCCAGAAAAAAUGAAACAUUUGAUCCAUAUGACACUUAAAUUUGUUGAGGAACGAUGUGACGUUAUUCUUUCGCCUUCGUACACUGUUGAACCAUUCAAGCUGAAAGGCAGCCUGGAAAGGAUGCAGCAACGUCUGCAAGGAUGGCAGAUGCCAAUGCCCUGUCUCAAUCAGAACACAAAGAAGGAACUGACACUUGAUCAGCUGCUACACAGAAUAGAAGCUAAGGACCACAGCAAUGCUCCUAUCCUGCUGAAAAAAGGAAGUGUUACACAGUCUAAAGUGCCUCUGAUAGAGGAAAUUAGCAGUACAGAAGUGCCAGAGGAGCUGAGCACCCCUGUCUAUGAAAUGAGCACCGUGAAGGAUGCAAACGAGAAGCCAUUACAAAUUGAACUGAAAGUUGAAUUGCCUAAAGUUAGCUCUGUUUCUGAGUGUGAUCUGAGAAUUUCAAAGGAUGACAUAAGCAUCGAUGUCCCUGAAAAAUACAAGUUACAACUGGAUCUGCCAGAAUUGGUGGAUGAGGAAACAGCUACAGCAACAUUUAACAAAGGAAGAGGGGUAUUGUUCAUCACAGUGUCAGUUGCAAAGCCCGUGUGUUAAAGAAUUCUACAUUCUGUCCAGUUCCUGUUCACAGAUGACAGAACUAAUCAAAAGCCCAGAACGAGAACCCUGACUUGCAGCUGGUGAUGAGUUAAUUAAUCUUCAAAGGUGAAUACCUCAAACUGCCUUUAGCAAGUACAUGUAGAAAAGGAAGGCAGGAGGAAAAUUAGCACCACCAAACUUAGGAAAACAUAGAGACUAAAUACUCAAGGAAUACUUGAAUAUAUUAACAGCUGUACUAAUGAACCAUAAAUACAUACGAGCCUUACUGUAUCAUUAAUUUUGCUUUAAGAUACAUGGCAGUAGCAGUUGUACUGUUUUUCUGUGUUUUUGUUGUUAAAUAAAUUAUUUUGCUUGCUGGA